UGACAGUGAUGUUUCCGGUCACUUCAGUUCUGGCAUCCGAGCGAUAGAGUAAAAGGUGCGUGCAAUAAAAAGUGAUCUCGAAUUAUAUGUGUUUUAUUGGAUCAUCUAUAUCCAAACACCACAAAUCUGGCGACGGAUGUGGCCAAGAAUCCGCGUGUGAUAAAAAUUUCGCGAGAAAAUAGAUCAAAAAAGUAAAAUUUUAUCGCUCAAAAACGAGAUGCCAUCUGAUACCGCGAGUGACACCCGGACAGGGGAUUCCAUUAGAGCCCCCGUCAUCGGCUCCAUCGAACAGUACAUUCCCGGAGAGGAUUUUGCUCAGUACAAGAGCAGAUUGGACCAAUUUUUCAUCGGGAAUGCGGUGGAUAAGCAACGCAGGGUGGCACUAACCAUAACCCUCAUGGGACCAGUGUGCUACAACGUGCUUGAGUCUUUGUCUGCUCCAGAGAAGCCAGAGCAGAAAUCCUACGACCAAAUCAUGGAGAUGUUGCAGCAGCACUACAAGCCCACCAGGAAUAUCCAUGCUGAGCGGUAUAAAUUCAAUACCAGGCAGCAAAUGGAGGGAGAAACACUUCAGGACUACAUAGUCGAAUUGAAGUCACUAUCACGGACAUGCAACUUCCGGACAUUCUUGGAAGAAGCCCUGACAGAUCGCCUCAUCAGUGGAAUCAGAAAUAACAGACUUAGGGCAAAACUUUUGGACCAAAAGGAAUUGAAGUGGGACACAGCACAACAAAUGUGUACCACAGAUGCCCUGACAUCUGAAGGAGUACAAAUGAUGGGAAAUGCAGCAGCAGUUUUCAAAGUGAGUUCUCAAAACCCUCAAGGAGCAUGGGAAUCACGUGAAGGACGCAAUCAGCAGAGGAAUAGGGGAGCACGGAGCAACGGCAAGGUAACCAACACCCAGCAAAGAUCGUCUACACCUCAUCCACAGAGCCACAAAAACAAUCAGCAAGGCUCUCAGCAAAAGGACAAAGCGUGUGGACAGUGUGGAUUGGUUCAUCCUUCUGGAUCCUGCAAGGCGUGGAAUUCAACGUGCCACAAGUGUGCGCAAAAAGGGCACUGGGCCCGGCUGUGCCGCACACGUUGAAGAUCAAGAGAUAGAGUUCGAGGUGGAUUCUGGGAGCGCUGCUACCGUGAUGAGUGAGAAUGAUUUUUUAUAUUUCUUUGGGAAUAGAAAAGUGAAGCCCGCCAGAAUGAAUUUGCUAACGGUUAACGGGGAACCCAUUCACACAAUUGGUGAGUGCGAAUUUCAAGUUCAAGGGAAAAAUUUGCGGAUGUUUGUGAUAGACUGCAAUCGUUCUGGGCGCCCUCUCUUGGGUAGGAGUUGGCUCAAUGCGAUUUGGCCUGGGUGGAGCUCUUGUCUAUUAAGUUAUUUAAAUGAUAAUAAAAGUCAGGGGUUGCACACCGAGCAAAUCUAUUCGAUACAGAAUUUUGCGAGUCAACAAGGACUAGAAGGGUGGCUUGGGGGGAUGAAGCAAAAAUUUCCGAAUGUGUUUGCACAAGAUGGAACACCAAUUAAACAUUUUAAAGCAUCGAUUCAUAUGGAACCAAAUGCUUCCCCGGUAUUCUGUCGCGCAAGAAAUAUUCCCUACAAAUUAGAAGAGAAAGUCAAUGAAGAAUUGACAAGGCUGGAGGGGGGUGGAAUAAUUGUCCCAGUACAGCAUGCAGAUUGGGCAAGCCCCUUAGUGAUAAUUCCAAAGGGCGACAGCAUUAGGAUGUGUGUCGACUUUAAGGUCACGAUAAACAGAUUUAUUCUUAAAGAGCAUUACCCGUUACCCAAUGUAGAAGAUCUGCUAGCCAAGGUAUCGGGAGGGAGGUGGUUUUCUAAAAUUGACCUCAAAAAUGCUUAUUUGCAAUUGUCUGUGGAUGAGAAUUCUCAGCAAUUUCUUACGAUUAAUACUCCUCGUGGAUUAUUUAAGUACACAAGAUUACCGUUUGGCGUGUCGACCGCCCCUGCGCAGUUCCAAAAUGUUAUGGAGCACAUCCUUAAGGAUGAAAAAGGCGUAUUAUGUUAUUUAGAUGACAUUAUAAUCAUGGGUGAAGAUUUUAAUCAAUGUUUGAGAAGAACGGAGUCAGUUCUGAAAGCAUUAAAUGAUUAUAAUGUGAAGAUCAAUACCGAAAAAUGCGAAUGGUUCAAGGAGAAGAUUGAUUUCUUAGGGCAGUUGAUUUCCCAAGAUGGAAUUCGCCCCAAUCCUGAGAAGUUGACAGCUUUGAAGGAUGCUCCACGACCAAAAGAUUUAAAAGAACUUCAAGCGUUCUUAGGUUUAGCCAAUUAUUACGCUAAAUAUGUGAAUUUGGCUGAAAUUUUGAAGCCACUAUAUACUCUUUUGAAAAAAGAAAAUGAUUUCUUGUGGGGUCAAGAACAAGAAGAAUCUUUUAGGAAGUGCAAAGAAGCACUGUUAGGGGAUAACAUUCUCAUGUGCUAUAACCCAAAUCUUCCGAUUUGUAUUUCUUGCGAUGCCUCAGCGUAUGGCAUUUCCGCAAUUCUUUCUCACAAAAUCGGAAACGAAGAAAGACCAAUAAUGUUUGCUUCACGAACGUUAACAAAUGCAGAGAAAAAUUAUUCUCAAUUGGAUAAAGAAGCAUUGGCUAUCGUGUAUGCAUUCAAAAAGUUCUACAAAUACGUAUUUGGGCACAAAGUUAUCGUUUACUCCGAUCAUAAACCACUUAAAGAUUUGUUCAACCCAAAAGGAUCAGGUCCUAGUGUAGCUUCAGGUAGAGUUGCGAGAUGGAACAUUUUUCUUUCCACCUUUGAAUAUGAAAUUCAGUUUAGAGAAGGGAAGAAAAAUGCCAACGCAGACGCACUAUCCCGAUUGCCAAUGAGCGAAGAGGGCAUAGAAGACGAUGCGAUUGAUGAAUUCGUCUCGAUCAACACGGUUAGAGAAAUGUCGGAACCGAUAAGCUCGAAGGAGAUUAGGCGAGUAUUGAAGAAGGAAAAAAUCUUGCGGGAAGUUCUGAGAGAAACCCAACAAGGUUGGAAAGUAAACCAGAAACUGUCUCCUGAGAUGAAGUAUUUCUUUAGACUGCGCCAAUCACUUUCGUCUGAAGACGGACUUUUGUUUUACGGUGCGCGCGUGGUGAUUCCAUCCAAGUUGCAAAGAAAAAUGUUAGAAUAUUUGCAUGAGGGUCAUCUGGGGAUUGUACAGAUGAAGGCUUUGGCCAGAUCUUAUGUCUGGUGGAAGCAUAUUGAUAAAGAUAUUGAGAAUUGGGUGAAAGAAUGUCCUCAAUGUUCGCAGAAAAAUCCGUCGAAAGUUAAAGUUAAUGUACCUUGGGUACCUACCAAAAGUCCAUUCGAAAGAGUACAUAUCGAUUUUUGCGAUGUUGCCGGUAAGAAGAUUAUUCUUCUUAUUGACACAUACAGUAAAUGGAUAGAGGGUAGAAUCAUGCGAAAAACACAGGCAUGUGGCGUAAUCGACUUUCUAGAUUCUGUACAGAAUAGAUUCGGUCGGUUCAAACAAUUGGUGUCAGAUAAUGGACCCCCUUUCACAAGUCAAGAGUUGUUGCGUUACGGUCGGAAAAGCGAUCUGAAAAUACUCAAGACUCCACCUUACCAUCCUAAGAGUAAUGGAAUCGUCGAAAGGGCGGUGCAGACUAUCAAAAACAAGCUUCACAAAGAGUUGAAUUCUUCUAAAGAGACUCUAAAUGAUCAAGUUUUACAAAGAGUUAUUUCCUCUUAUAACAGCUCACCUUCAUCACGAAGCGGUCGUUCACCUGGGGAAAUAGUAUUCAGUUUUAAACCUAGAACAAAGCUUGAUAAUAUAAAUGACUUUAGAAAAAAAUCAUUUCCAAAUAAGAAGAAGCUCUCUCAAGUAAUCAAAAAGAAAGUAAGAUUUGACCUUCCAAAACCAAUUAAAGUUGCAUAUAAACAGAAUCAAUCAAUUUUUUACAAAGCAGUAUCUAAUUCAUCAGCGAAUUGGAUCCCAGGCAGAAUCCAUAGUAGACUUUCAGGUUGUCGCUUUAUUGUAGAAGUAGGUGGUAGAUUUGUUCAAGCUCAUAUAACUCAAUUGAAACCAAAUUCUCAAGGCUUAACUCAUAGAUAUCCAGUUUAUUUUUACAAUAAUGAAGUUGAAUUAAAUGAAGAAUCAUUUGAAGAGCCAACGCGGGUUCAUCCUUCUGAUGAUCCCACGUAUAUCCCAUCUGGAUCUGAUAAUUCUUCCAUUGAGGAAGAGUACUUCGAUUUUUCUGAGGAAGAGAGAGAGAGAGAUAGGCCACAAAGAGAAAGAAAACCUCCAGAAAGAUGGGGAUAUAAAUAAAUUUAUUGAAGUAUUUUCAUGGAAUAAAAUGAAUUACAAUUCAGGUUAGGUUUAGAUGGUUAGGGAUGUUAGGAACCAUUGUAAACAAUCAGGGACUAGCUAGUAGGGCCCACACACUUCCAACCUUUAGAGAGUAAACCCAUUGAAUUAUAUAAGCUUAAUAAAAGGGGGAAGAGUGUGGUGAAUAGUAUUAGUGGGGAGUUUGUAACGUCAGAGUGACAGUGAUGUUUCCGGUCACUUCAGUUCUGGCAUCCGAGCGAUAGAGUAAAAGGUGCGUGCAAUAAAAAGU